AUGUCUACACCACAAGUUUGGCUCAUCACAGGCGCUUCCUCCGGCUUAGGCACCGUCCUCGCCGAAACCGUCCUAAAAGCCGGCCAUAAAGUGAUUGCGACAGCCCGUGAUCCUGUCAAAGCAGCCCAGACACAUCCCCAGAUUGAAUCUCUCGGUGGAAAAUGGCUACAACUCGACAUUACCCGGCCAGAUACGAAGGAGACAGUCGAAACCGCCAUCCGCGAAGCUGGUCAUAUCGAUGUUGUCGUGAAUAAUGCAGGGUACUCGUUGCUGGGUAGUAUAGAGGAUAUGAGCGAAGAAGAAAUUCACCAGCAGAUAAACACCAACCUCUACGGCCCGAUUCGAGUAACCAAAGCCGCCCUCCCAUUCAUGCGCGAACAAAAGUCCGGCACAAUCGUCAAUGUAGGUAGUAUCGCCGGAAUCCACGGGUAUCCAUCAUGUGGUCUCUACGCAGCCAGCAAAUUCAGUCUCGAGGGUUUAUCCGAAGCCCUCUCAGUGGAAGUAGCUCCAUUCAACAUCCGAGUCCUCCUAGUCGAACCAGGUUCAUUCCGUACAAACUUCCUCUCUGCAUACCUCACACCAGCCGCCGGAUUGAACCCGGCAUACGAAGGCACCGCAGUCGAUCAAAUGCUGCAACUAUUCCGAGACAGCAACGGCAAACAACCCGGUGACCCGGUCAAGGCUGUCGAGCGUAUCUACGACGUGGUACAGGGUACAGGAUUGGGAGCCGGGAAGACGAACUUCCUUCGACUUCCCCUAGGAAAGGACUGCAUGUCUCGGGCCCGAAGCAAGUUGGAGGGAAUGCUCAAGAACCUUGAUGAAAUGGAGGAGAUAGCCAGCAGUACUGGUCUUGCAUGA